UGCCUUCAGUUGGGCUCAAUUCGAGAGACGGCUCAACACUUUCUGGACGUAAUCCAUAGCGAGUUUGUCAACCAAUUGGACGACGGAUUUGAUUUGUGCGGCUAUUCAUACGGUGUGUUUGUGGCCUACGAUAUGUGUCUGGCAUUACAGCGAGCGGCCAGUAAUGGUAAGGUAUCGCCGUUUCCACCGCCAAAGCUCAUAGCCCUGGACUUGUGUCCGGUGCAGAAUCGCGCAGAUGUGGCCGUGGUUUUGGCCGCCACACAACAUAUGUUCAAUGGCGACCAGAAAUUGAGUUUAUUGUUCUCGUUUCUGAUGACCAGGAUAUCGAUUCAGUCGCAACAGUUGAUCCAAACGGUGACGGGUGUGGCGCGCAGUCUAUGGGAGCGAGUGGUGGCCGAGUUGUUGAUACAGCGCGUCGGCGACCCGUGUUUGGCGCUAAAUGAGGUGCUGUUUGCCGUUCGGUCACACGUCCACAAAAUGCAACACACGAUUCACUAUUCCAUCGGUGGUGACGAUAUGGACGGACACCGACUCAAAGGGGAUGUACUGCUGAUACGGGCGGACCAACCCUUUGCUGGCAAUGUUGCGGCUAAAAGUGAGUCCAGGCAUACCGUUCUUUACGACUACGGUUUUGGUGAGAUAAUUAGCGGCAAAUGUAUUGUUCGCAAACUGGAUGGCAAUCAUACAACUAAGAAUAAUGUGGUUUAUAGGAUCGUUCGGCCCCUUCCCCCACCCCACGUUAUAAAGAAUAACAUGGGAUCCCAUGUUAAUCCUAUGGCUAUACUUAACAUGGGGCAGCUCCCA